AUGUUACGGUCCCGAGCAAGGAUCGUGAAGACGAACACGGGCGACGUCCAGGCUGUCUCGCUCAAGGCCCUCAACACAACCGUGUACGGGUUCUUCGGCAUCCCUUACGCGCGCCCACCCAUAGGCGCGCUCCGAUUCUCUGUCACCCAACGGGCGGCACCUUGGGAAGGGGUCCACAGCGAAACUUCAGGGGCCCGCUGCUUUCAAGACGCCCACCAGGAGUAUUUCGGCAUGACCAGCAGCAAGUCAUACGAGGAAGACUGUCUGCUGAUGGACGUCUACGUUCCGGCGUCCAGGAUUUCCGGCAGACCCAAGGCGAUUGUGGUUGUUCUUCACGGCGGCAGUUUUCAGACUGGCUCUAACCGAGAUGGGCUCUACGACGGGAGGUUCCUGGCCGCCGCUGGGGACGUCAUAGUGGCCGUGCCUAACUACAGGCUCAACGUGUUCGGCUUCUGGCGCUCGUACCAGGCGGACGCGCCUGGAAACCAGGGUCUUUGGGAUCAGCUGUUUGCGAUCCAGUGGAUGAACGCCAACGCCAAAGCCUUUGGAGGCAGAAGUGGUUCGCUCACGAUCCUGGGAAUCGACAGUGGGGCCGUCAGCGCGGGACUGCAUCUUUUGUCUCCUGUGAGUAGGCAGUACUUCAGCAGGGUCAUCAUGCAAGGAGGCAGCCCGUUCCGCGUCGGAGAGUUCCAUCCUUUCGCCGAAGCCGAGGAGCGGCGGAGCCUCGUCAAUUCCGUGUGCAAGAAAUCUUUCUCCAACGAUUCCGACGAGUUGCACGAAGAGCUAAUAAACACCCUUGAGUGCCUGCGGAACGUGUCCGUAACGACGUUGCUCGACACACUCGGCGAUUUCAACGGAGUCCAAGGCAGGAUGUUCGGUCCUUCUUACAGCCAGAACACCACGGACGACCCGUUCUCCAUUCCCGAGAUCCUCGAUAUUCGCGGCGAGCGCAGCGAAAACAGCGGCACGUUGUCCAACAAGGACCUCCUCAUCGGCUACAGCGUGAACGAGGGAGAGUAUUUCCUGAAUCGCUUCUUUCAGGGCUGGUCACUCACGUCAGCGAGCCACUUCCCGCGUUCUUUCAUACAAAUAUUCCUGGACAGACUCGUCUUGCACUACUUCUCCAUGCCCCGUCUCAACGAGGUGCGGAAGUUCUACUUUGACCGAAACUCUUCCAAUGUGGACGCGUACCUCCAGGCGACUGCCUUCCUGGGCGACGUGAACGUCCUGUGCCCUGCUAAGCUGAUGGCCGAUCACGUGUCCCGCAUGGGAGGCAACGUGUACAUGUACGAGCUGAACUACAACAUGAAAGCCCUGCUGACCGUCAGCGACACGCCUCCGACGUCCCAGAGCAGCGACUGGCUCGGAGCCACGCACUAUGCGGACGCCAUUUUGUCCAUGGGCGCCCUGUUCGGAGGCGAGCGCCAGGGAAAAGCCAGUGACGCUCUCGACACGAGUCUGCGGCUGAUGGGCAAGUGGGCUGCUUUCGCAAGAUCUGGGUGA